AUGGAGCCUCGGGUGGUGAAGCCCCCAGGUCAAGACCUCGCAGUGGAGCGCCUCAAAAGCCUGUACGGGCUAGGGAGCAACUUCCCCGAAGAGUAUGAUUUUUCAAAUUCUGAGCAGGCUAAAUGUCAGAGGAGCUCUCUAACAUACUCAGAUGAUUUGGGUUUCUAUUCAUUUAGAGAUAAAGCUGAUUUAUCAUCAAGGUUUUGUUCUAAUGAAGGAAAGCAUCCUACAACACCUCUUACAAGUUCAUUGAAACAAUUAAGCAAAAAUUGCUUAGAUGAUGAACUGAAUUAUUUUCAUGAUUUGAAGCAAUGGGAAACUGAAGAGUUAAUUGAGAAUGAACAUAGAGUUAGUGCCUCCAAAGUUUGCAACCAUAAAGAAAUGGAUAAAGCACUUGUCCAGCCAAUGAAUUUGACCUUAAAUGCAAGAACUUGGAAUGAGUACUUUAGUGAUACGAGUGGUUCUCCUUUGAAGAAUGUUAAGUGUCCAACAUCUAAAAUAUCCAGCAAGCAGAGUUUACUUCCACAUCAUGUCAAUCAGAUAUAUGAUGAAUUAUUUCAAAUACAUCAGAAGCUGCAGUGUGAAACUGCAGCACAACAAGAAUUUGCUGAAGAACUUCAAAAGCGAGAACGCUUUUUAGCUGAGCGAGAAGAACUGCUUUUCAAUCAUGAAACUGCCUUGAGUAAAAUUAAAGGUGUUGAAGAAGAGGUUCUUACAAGGUUUCAGAUUAUGAAAGAGCAACAUGAAGCAGAAGUUGAACAUUUAACUGAAGUUCUUAAGGAAAGGACUAAAGAAAGUAAGAGAUUGAAGUCGUCUUUUGAUGCAUUGAAGGAAUUGAAUGAUAGCUUAAGGAAACAGUUAAAUGAAGUCAGUGAAGAAAACAGGAAGAUGGAGGUUCAAGCUAAAAGAGUCCAAGCUCGUUUAGAUAAUUUACAAAGGAAGUAUGAGUUUAUGACAAUACAGAGAUUGAAAGGAAGUUCCCAGUCUGCUCACGAAGUGAAAAGUUUAAAACAAGAAAAAAUAACAGUUUCUAAACCUUGUAAGAUACCACUUAACUCACAAGUUUAUGAGCUUUUAAGUAUGUUCAUGGACUGGAUUUCAGAUCAUCACCUUAGUAAAUUGAAAAAUGAAGAAUUGGUAAUAGAAGAAGAAAAGUCAGGAGUAAAACAUGCUUCCCAGAGGAAUGAGAUCCAAGAGAAGUGUGUAAAGCUUUUGCCUGCGAUUGCUGAACAGCUACAGUGGAUGCCAUUUGUGAAUGUCAAAUAUCAUGAGCCUUUUGUAAAGUUUAUAUAUUGGUCACUAAGGCAACUAGAUGCUGGAACACAGCAUUCAACUUUGACAUCAACAUUGAGAAGAUUGGGUGAAGACAUAUUCAAAGGAGUAGUAACUAAGGGAACCCAGGAUAACUCUCUUGAGCAUUCUGCAGAGAUUAAACCAAAGAUGGCUGCUUUUUUUAAGAGCUCAAAUUUGUCACUGCGAUUUUUAUCAACUUUAAUUGUUCUUAAAACGGUAACUCAAGUUGAUUAUCUGGCUCAGGCAUUUGAUUCUCUUUGUGUGGACCUGAAGACAGAUGAAGGGAAAACCUUAUUUUUGGACUAUCAAGCUGUUCCAGUAAUAUUAAGUCAUCUAAGAAUAUCCAGUAAAGGACUCCUCUCCAAUGUCAUUGAUAGUUUGCUUCAGAUGACAGUGGAAUCUAAAGCCUUACAGCCGUUCCUUGAAGCCUGUAGCAACACUUUAUUUUUCCGUACCUGCUCUGUCCUCCUUCGAACUCCUAAACUUGAUCUUCAAAUACUUGAGAAGCUUAGUAUUAUUUUACAGAAACUUUCGAAAAUCAGGAGUAAUAAGAAGUUCUUUGAACUCUUUACAAUUCAUCUAAUGCUACAAGAAAUACAAAGGACAACACAUCCAGAGCAUGCAUUUCUCUGUAUUAACCUAAAUUCGACUUUGUUCAAUUUGGGUCUAACAAAAUACAACUCCCUAGUGUCCAAUGCAAGCCAUUAG